UUCGAGACGACAUCCCCUUCCUCAAAGGCCACUCCUUCUCUGACGGCAGUGGAUGCGGCCGCAAUGUGCAACUACUUCAAAAACUACUACAUAUACAGCACUUGCCGUGAGCCCAAUGUGCAUUUCAUCCGAACAUCCAUCGAUGGAUCUAAAGAAAACCGAUGUAACGACAGUCCCCAUGAUCGAUUUAUUGUGGUGGUCGGCAAAUGUCGACUUUGUCGUUGAUUUUAUAUGGAUCGACGUCGACGAAACACUAUAUGGCCUCAACGGCCUCCUCCGAAUUUAGAAUGCGGCAUAUCUUCACGGCAUAUCUCACGAAUUCUUUCGAACCACCAUCAUUAAUAAUUCCUCGAUUGUUCCAUGAGCGCCUUGUUUACUCUCUCAUUAUCUGUCUGUCCGACUUAUCUGGUUUUUCUUUUCUAAUUUUGUUAUUAUUUACUCGCUUUCUUUAUUCCUUUCCCGCUUUAUGUCUUCCAGAAAUUCCAGGCGAAAUUCUUCUGUCACAUGUAUAUCGGAUCUGGCACGGGCAUCAUGUAUGGCGCUUUAAGGAGUCAACAAAAGAGGGUCGGCUUUUUUCCUUUUCCUUUUUCUUUUUUUUCCCCCUUCUUUUCUUCUUCACUAUUUUCUUUUCUCUAUCCUGUUUAGAUCCCAUUGUUGUUUGGCUUCAGUCAUGUUAUAUAUCACCCUGUUUUGUCACAUGAAGGAAAACAAACUAAAUUUACCAUAUCGUUGCCUAUUUUGAAGGGUUACUAUUGCUUCCAGAUGGUGGUGCUUUUCCGAACUGCUUUGUUCUUUUCUUCACCUUUUGGGGCGGGCACGGACUGACCUCGCGAGGGGAACCACUUUGACGAGUCAGAGAAGCGGGAACUAAGGGGAAGCGCUACACAAGAACACAAGAGGCCGCCUUGACCUUCUCUUUAGACUAGCAUCAACAAU